GGAGAUAUACUCUUCUCACUGUCUGCAACUUCUCUGUGUUUCUGCCAUGUCUACUCUUUCUUGCUCCUCUUCUUCUUCUUCUUCGUAUUCAUUUGCAAGGUGCGGUAGCAACGCUCCACGCUCGGCCCCACCGACCCGAAUUUCGUUCGGGUCGAUUCCGACCCGUCCGAAGAGGAAGAAGACGAACGAUGAUGACUCGGAAACCAGAGAGCUGGUUCGUUUGCUCACGAGGAAGAUAAGCGACAAAGAGCCUCUUGAGAGGACGCUGAACAAGUACGUGAGGCUUGUCAGAACCGAGCAUUGCUUCUUGCUCUUUGAAGAACUCGGCAAGCAUGAUAAGUGGCUUCCAUGCCUUGAGGUAUUCAGAUGGAUGCAGAAACAACGGUGGUAUAUGGCUGAUAAUGGGGUUUACUCAAAACUCAUAUCAGUUAUGGGGAAGAAAGGACAAACCAGGCUGGCUAUGUGGCUUUUUUCGGAGAUGCGUAACACUGGCUGUCGCCCGGAUACUUCUGUUUACAAUUCACUCAUCUCAGCCCACCUUCAUUCUCGGGACAAAACUAAGGCUUUGGCCAAAGCUCUUGGUUACUUUGAGAAGAUGAAAGGAAUGGAGCGGUGUAAGCCCAACAUUGUCACAUACAAUAUUAUUUUGAGAGCUUUUGCUCAAGCUGGGAAGGUGGAGCAGGUGAACUCUCUGUUUAAAGAUCUUGAUGAGAGCAUCGUUUCGCCGGAUAUUUACACCUAUAAUGGUGUGAUGGACGCAUAUGGGAAAAGAGGGAUGAUCCGCGAAAUGGAAGCGAUGCUUACUCGGAUGAAGAGCAAUCAGUGUAAGCCUGACUUGAUUACCUUUAACUUGCUGAUUGAUUCAUAUGGGAAGAAGCAGCAAUUUGAUAAGAUGGAGCAAGUGUUUAAGAGUUUACUGCGCUCCAAGGAGAAACCGUCACUGCCUACAUUUAAUUCAAUGGUUUUGAACUAUGGGAAGGCGCGGCUUAAGGAUAAAGCAGAAAAUGUCUUCAAACAGAUGACUGAAAUGGGUUACGCGCCGAGCUUUGUCACACAUGAGAGUCUCAUCUAUAUGUAUGGCUUCUGCGAUUGUGUCUCCAAGGCGAAAGAAUUGUUUGAUGGGCUGGUUGAAUCGAAGGUUCAGAUCAAAGUUUCAACCCUAAAUGCUAUGCUUGAUGUUUACUGCAUAAAUAAUUUACCACAGGAAGCAGAUUCCCUGUUUCAGAGAGCAAGAAGUAUAAAAGUUUUGCCAGAUGCAUCAACAUAUAAACUUCUUUAUAAGGCAUACACUAAGGCCAACUCUAAGGAACUUCUAGAUAAAUUGCUGAAGCAUAUGGAUAAAGAUGGUAUCAUUCCUAAUAAGAGGUUCUUCUUGGAUGCUUUGGGUGCUAUUGGAUCUUCACCAGCAAAUUCACGAUCUGCUAAUUCUGCAACUCAUUCAAAAAGCCCCAAUUUUUUUGGGAAACUCAGCUAGAAACAUAGUUGGCAAUUCAGGAAUUUUUUUUGGCUCACCUAUGACUGGCAUACGAGCAGCUCCGUUCAGUGAAAUGUAGACAUAGCACAUAAAGUCCUGUUGUCAAGGCUUCACAUGUUGUAUAUAUUGUAUUCAACUAAUUCAUGUCUGAAAUGGCAAAUGCUUUCUUUUGCUGGUGAUGGUGCAGUAGAUGACAAUGGCAGCCAAAACUAUGCUUCUUCUAUGAUGUAUUAUAAAUUUAAUACUAUAUGUGAAUUUCUUUUUUACAAAUGUUAUUGAUAGUUCAUGUACAAUGAUCAUACUGAUGCAAUUUGAAAAUCAAGGCUCUAAGGAUUACUGUGUUUCCUGGACAGUGAUGAAAGCAAUGGAUUGAUAAAACAAUGUGUUGAAAAUUUCUGUUGUGUUAGCA